AUGAAGAACGUCUUACUAUUAUUGUUGAUAGCGCUUGUGUGCAUUUCGUCGGCAACGGGACGGGGAAGAGAAGGAGGUGGACGGGUCAGACGAUCACUGGUGAAAUGCACGCACUCCACCGAAUGCCCUGAGGGAACAAAAUGUUUGGCAAUGUGUGUGCCGGCGGCGGCUGGAAAUUGUGGGCCCGGAACAGGGUGGCCCGCCAAAUGUCGAGACUGGAGCCCCGAGGUCCAGAAAUGGAAUCCUCACUUCAAGGAGUUCCCA